AUGUGGGUACUUCUACUACUCGCCGCCGUAAUUUCACCUGGAUUCUCCCAGGUUGAAGAGUAUAAAAUCGAUGUGGACGAGUGCAAGGCGGCGGGAUUCAAUCCAGAGACUCUAAAAUGCGGACUGUGCGAACGACUAUCAGAUUACCACUUGGAGACACUUAUGUCGGAUUGUCAGCAGUGUUGUAUGAAAGAAGAGGAAUUUAAGCAUAAUAAGUACCCAAUUGCGAUUUUGGAGGUGUGCGAGUGUAAUUUGGCCAGGUUCCCACAGGUUCAAGCGUUCGUCCACAAAGACAUGGCUCGUCAAUUCGGUGGAAAAGUUCGUGUAAAACACGUGAGAGGCGUCCGCCCACAAGUCGCCCUGAAAGAUGCCGAUUUCAAGACAAUGGAGACGUUGAGUGUCGAGAAAUGGGAUACCGACACGUUAAUUGACUUCUUUAAUCAGUGGUUGGAAUAA